AUGGCUAGAUAUUAUUCCGACGAACUUGGAUUGGAAAGAACCGACCCGUAUUUAUGGAGACUGCGGACUGAUGAACUUGGUCGUGAGAGUUGGGAAUAUCUGUUGCCCGAAGAAGCCUCCAAAGAACCACAGUCAACUUUUACGCAAUGGCUUCUCAAACUCCCAGAGUUUCCUACCCCAGAACCAGAGAUAUACAACGGUGUCGAUGGAUUUACAGCCAAAAAUGCCUAUGAGAACGGUGCUUCUUUUUUCAAGCUUUUGCAAGAUCCUGAAUCGGGUAUAUUCCCUUGUCAGUAUAAGGGCCCCAUGUUCUUAACAAUUGGCUAUGUGGCUGUAAAUUAUGCUGCAGGAAUCGAAAUUCCUAGGCAUGAAAAACUAGAGCUAAUGCGGUACAUUGUAAACACAGCUCAUCCUGUUGAUGGUGGCUGGGGCUUACAUUCAGAGGACAAAUCAACUGUAUUUGGUACUGUCCUGAACUACGUGAAUCUUCGCCUACUGGGGCUCCCAACAGAUCAUCCUGUUUGUACCAGAGCUAGAGAAACUCUGUUGAAAUUAGGAGGGGCCACUGGUGCGCCUCAUUGGGGAAAGGUAUGGCUGAGCAUUUUAAACCUCUAUAAGUGGGAAGGUGUAAAUCCGGCACCUCCGGAAACUUGGAUGCUUCCUUACUGGAUGUCUAUUCAUCCCGGUAGAUGGUGGGUACACACAAGAGGCGUUUAUUUACCUAUCAGUUAUUUAUCCUUGGUUGGAUAUUCUUGUAAACUCGAUCCACUACUAAGAGAGUUGAGAGACGAGAUUUACACAAAACCUUUUCAGAGCAUUGAUUUCAGCCAGAACAGAAACAACGUUUGUGGUGUUGACUUGUAUUAUCCGCAUUCAUCUCUUCUUGAUGUUACUAAUAACGUACUUGUAUUCUAUGAAAAAUAUUUGAGACCAAGAUGGUUGAAAGAAAAAGCCAAAUCAAGAGUCUAUGAUCUCAUCAAAAAAGAGAUUGCAAACACCAACUUUCUAUGUAUCGCUCCAGUCAACCAGGCAUUUUGUGCAUUGGUCACCUUAAUUGAAGAGGGUGCUGAGUCUGAAAAUUUCAAAGGGUUCCAGUAUAGAUUCAAAGACGCAUUGUUUCAUGGUCCACAGGGUAUGACGAUAAUGGGCACAAACGGUGUCCAAACGUGGGACUGUGCUUUCACCAUUCAGUACUUUUUUGUGGCUGGGCUAGCCGAAAGACCAGAAUACCACGAUACCAUAAAGGCUGCUUAUAAGUUCCUUUGCCGUACGCAAUUUGAUACUGAAUGUCUUCCUGGAAGUUUUAGAGAUUCUCGUAUUGGUGCAUGGGGAUUCUCCACAAAGACACAGGGUUACACUGUUUCGGACUGUACAGCAGAGUCUGUGAAGGCAAUAAUUAUGGUGAGAAACUCUCCGUCCUUCGAGUACCUUCUCGACGAAAUAACAGAUCAAAGAUUAUGUAAGGCUAUAGACGUCUUGUUAGACUUGCAGAAUUUAGGAGAGUUCGAGUAUGGGUCCUUUGCAACUUACGAAAAGAUUAAGGCUCCUUUAGCUAUGGAGAAACUGAAUCCAGCUGAGGUUUUUGGAAACAUCAUGGUUGAGUUUCCAUACGUUGAAUGCACGGACUCUUGCGUGCUUGGUCUGACUUACUUUCAUCGCUACUACGAUUAUCGUAAAGAGGAGAUUUCUCGUCGUAUAAAGAUCGCUACUGAUUAUAUCAAAAAAUCGCAGCAGAGUGACGGUGGUUGGUAUGGCUGCUGGGGUAUUUGUUUUACGUAUGCUGGUAUGUUUGCCAUGGAAGCCCUUCAUUCUGUCGGAGAAAAUUAUAGCAACUCUGAGUAUGUCAGAAAAGGUUGUGAUUUCUUUGUUACCAGACAAAUGGAUGAUGGUGGUUGGGGUGAAUCAAUGAAAUCAAGCGAAUUGCACACUUAUGUCAACAGCCAAAGGUCUCUUGUUGUGCAAACCUCGUGGGUUUUGAUUGCACUUCUUUUAGCCAAGUAUCCUAAUAGAAGUGUGAUUGAAUCAGGAAUCAAACUUUUGAAAAACAGACAGCUUUCCUCGGGCGAGUGGGAAUACGAAAGUGUUGAAGGUGUGUUCAACCACUCCUGCGCUAUUGAAUAUCCAAGCUAUAGAUUCCUGUUCCCAAUAAAAGCAUUGGGGCUUUACUGCAAAAUUUAUGGUGACAAUGCACUUUAG